AUAACAUACCCCUCUUAUCUCUCAAUCACCCUCUUCCUCUCUCUCUCUCUCUCUCUCUUCAAAAUGGUCACUGCUGAUAAUAACUCUAGUAGUACUACAGUUCAACAUGUAACCAAGAAAUCUUCGGAUGAGUUGCUGAGGAAAUUUGCAGAAGAAAUGAGUGAUGAUGAUGCUAAUGAGGCUAAGAAAUUGGAGCUGGCAAGGGUGUUAAAAAGGAGAAAAAGGAGGAAGACAAGAAGGGAUCUCGAAAGCGGUAAUUUAUGCGAAAGUCCAUCACAUUAUAAGUCGAGUUCCAGCUUAGUGGAGAGGAGGUCACUUCUUCCUCCGGUGACAAGGAAAUCUGUAUUGCUGAGGCAACUUGGGAUCGGAAGGUUACAGCUCAAAGCAAGGGAUACCAAGAGCAAGUCACUCUUGGCUUCCAUUGAAAAGACAUGGCGCAGGACUGUAGAAGGAGCCUCAAAAGUACUCUUGGAGAAGCAUUACAAUCGACACAGGCGUUUGAUUAACGAUAUAAUCUAGCUCGUGGUAUAUUUAAAUAACAGUUAUUUAAAUAUGAUCUUAAAAAAAAAAAAGAUAAACAGAGAGAAAAGGAGGUUUAAUUUUUGUUAAUACAAACAUCAAAUUUACACAUUUCUUUUUUACUCAUAUUAAUUUUCAAGCUUUGAGCUAAAUUCCAAGUCGAUCAAUCUUGCUUGUAUAUUUUUUCCUCUGGUUGUCUUCGCUACAGAAACUACUGUGAGAAUGUAAUAAUAAGUAGGCGAGAUAAUCAAGAAAUCUUCCUACAUCUUA